GCAGCUCCAACCCUGACAGCGAACGUCUGCAGGAGGCGCACUGCGCAUGCGUCAUCCCCGGUAGCUGAGGCUGGGAUUCUAGGGGAUUGCGGGGAUCAGGAGCGGAAUGAUGAGGAGCGGAGGCGGGGGAGACAUGGAUGAUGGCCGGGACUGGGAGUUCCUUGUAUGCAAGAGGAAGCUCGAAAGCAAGAAAGAAGCUUUACUGAUCCUAUCCAAAGAGCUGGACACAUGUCAGCAAGAAAGGGACCAAUAUAAGCUGAUGGCAAACCAGCUCCGGGAGCGGCACCAGGCGCUGAAGAGGAAGUAUCGGGAGUUAAUAGAUGGAGACCCAUCACUGCCACCUGAGAAGAGAAAGCAGGCAAACCUGGCGCAGCUGCUGGGGGAAGCUCGGGAAAGAAGCAAAAAGCUGGAAGUCGAGAUGAAAGAACUGCAGCAGCGACUGGGAGAAGUCCAGGGAGACAACAAGCUUUUGAGAAUGACAAUUGCCAAGCAAAGACUCGGAGAUGACGAGGUUGGAGUCCGCCAUUUUGCACCCCAUGAACGUGAAGACCUUGUGCUGCAGCUGGAAAAAGCUAGAGAGCAGAUUGAAAGCCUUGAGCAUGACCUCCGAGCAUCCCUGGAUGAACUAGAGGACGUGAAGCAGGAGCGAUCAUUUUUCCAAGAUAAAUCUGAGAGGUUGAACCAAGAACUUAACCAUGUCCUAGGUGGUCAUGAGAAGAGAAUCAUAGACAUUGAUGCUUUGUGCAUGGAGAACAGGUAUUUACAAGAGAGAUUGAAACAACUGCAAGAAGAAGUUAAUCUGCAGAAAGGCAACAUUGUCAAAUACAAGAAUGCCCUGGAGAAGAGGAAGAAUUCAAAGUCAGCAAAUAGCAAGUCCAACAGCAGUGCCCUGACCGGAGUGCUCUCUGCUAAGCAAGUUCAGGAGCUGUUGUCUGAAGAUCACGGCUGCAGUCUGCCUGCAACUCCGCAGUCCAUCUCUGAUCUCAAGUCGCUGGCUACAGCUCUGCUCGAAACGAUUCACGAGAAAAACAUGGUUAUUCAGCACCAAAGACAAACCAACAAGAUUCUAGGUAACAGAGUGGCAGAGUUAGAGAAGAAACUUCGGACGCUGGAGGUGUCGGGAUUAUGGAGUCUUCCAGGCCUCAGCUACAAUGUGUCUGUGGGAUUUGGGCGUGGACGGGACACUAUCUCAUUACAUGACCCAACAAUGCCCACCCAGAGACCAAAGUCGCCUAUGAUGACCUUCACUGACAUACCUUGCCACAAACCUCUGACCUAUGAAGCACACAGACAACCCGAUGUGGAGAGAUGUUCUAGUGAUAUUGGCAUACCAUCCAAAAAGGAAUCCAGUCAGCUACUGGAGAGCUCCCAAGAUCCACUUGGUAACACUUACCAGAACAUGUAUCUUCAUCCUUUAAUACCUCUUCUGAGCUCAGAGAAAAAUGAUUUGGACAAAGCUGGGGAGAAGAUUAUUGACCUAGCUGAGGAACUGGCCUCUGUUGAGUUGGAGGAAAACCACAUAGAAAGUUUCACAGAAGGUGAUUCGCCUCUUGUAGAAGAACCACCUCCUCUUGAUAGUUUGGAGACUUCAUCGUCCAGUCCAGAACUUCCCAGAAAACUGGAAGAAGACCAGUUAUCACCAUCCAGCUUGGACGAAACUCAAGAAACUGUCGACGAUAGCUUAGAAAGCAUUGCACUUGAAAAUGGCUUGGACAGAAGGGAUGAGCAGUCUGCAUCUCCUGAACUGGAUGAAUCUUUAAAGAGCGUGUGCGAUUCUGAAAGUGUUCAGCUGUCAGAUGACCAUGGAUCGUGACUGAAUAUGCCUUGUUAUUAAACUCAUAGGGGGAGAUUUAUCAAAACCUGUGGAGAGUCAAAGUUGACCAGUUGCCCAUAGCAACCUAUCAGAUCGCUUCUUUCAUUUUUCACAGGCCUUGUUAAGAAUGAAAGAAGCGAUCUGAUUGGUUGUUAUGGGCAACUGGGCAACUUUGCCUCUCCACAGGUUUUGUUGAAUCUCCCCCAUAUUGUUUGUGUGUAAGGGCCUGUCUUGAGAUGUUGUACAGUGAGCAAAAAGAAUGCAAAUCUAAUGAAAGUCUGAACAUUUCAUUGUUGGCUAUUCAUUGUUUCGUGUUUGGACAUUUGUUUCUUGUCUGGUGUAGAGAUGGAUACAUCCAUUGUAAGUGUGUGUGGACAAGUUGAUGUAUACAAAGAAGUGAUGAUGGACCAAGUGUACAAAACAUUAGGAGCUCUUAACUGCUUAGGUUGGGAGAUGCUUUGCUAAAUUAUUAGAUUGUUGUAUUUUGUCAAUUCCUAUCACAUGAAAUGAUCCCCUAUCCACAGUAUAGGGAUUAACAAGCUGAUCGCUGGUGGUUUGAUCGCUGAAACCCUUAAAGGGGGACUCCGGCCCCAAGAUAUCUUAUCCCCUUUUGAUAGGGGAUUAGAUGUCUUGGGCCGGAGUACCCCUUUAAUGAUCAUAAUAACAGAGGAAAAUUGUGCCCAAAAAAGAAUGGAAUGCACAUCACGCAUGUUGCCAGCACUCCAUUCACCUUCCACUGGGCAAUGUUCAGAAGUCUCCUAGUGAAUCAAUCGAGUGCUAGCUGCGCAUGCGAUGUGCACUCCAUUUAUUCCAGGGGACAUUUCAUCUAUGAUUGGUGGGCAUCCUAGUGUUUGGACCCCCACUGAUCAUCUUGUUUUUUUUUUUUUAGAUGGAAAUACUCCUUAAAGGAGGAAUUACAUGGGGCAAUUUAUCAUUCCCCGCACCAGCGCAAUGAGCGGCAAAAUUUUGCACGUUUCUUUCCCAACACCCCCUCCCCCUUUAUUCGUGCUAAAAGUGCUGCACAAACUCAACCAACAAUUUGGCCACUCUGUGGUGGCACGGGAAAUCAUAAAUUCCCCCCAUUAAACUUUCUCAUUUCAAGAUAAAUAAUUUUGCUAUUUUUUUGUUUUGUUUAAAUUAUUCAUGUAUUUCAAGACCUCCACUUGCAGGCAUUCAUUGUUAUCUUCUAUAGAAUAGUACAGAUUCAUAGAGGUGCAGGACUGGUUAUGGUCAGAAGCAUCUUUUUGGGUUUUACAUGACCAGGACUAUUUUUUAUCAUAACUCUGAUCACACUCUGGCGGCAGGAUAUCUGUUUAAAUCUCGUGCAACUUUGCAACCCAAGGUACAGAGAUCUGUAUACGGAUUUGCCUGAAGGCUGAAGGCAUAUACAAGUCUAUGGGACGUCUAAGAAAUCCGUAUCCUGAUCGUUGUAGUCUCGAGCUACGAAGUUGCAGAAGAUUGUAAAUAGAUAUCAUGCUGCCAGAGUAAGAUCGGAGUUCUGCUUUAAAUGUCUGAUCUUGAAUACCAUGAAGAACUGACACAGAGACGAUUAUAGAAAAUUGUAUAACUUCAUUACACAAUGAAAAAAACAUUUCUUCCUGAAACCAAAUAAUUUGUAUUUAUGGACAAAGAGUGAUACAAAGCUGUUGAUCACGGUUACCAUUCAUUUAAAGAAUUAAUUUUUUUAUUUUUUUAUAAUACUGACCUCAAUAGGGCAUCAAAUGAAUCUGCUCGAAAUCCAUUUUGUCCCAUUGAUUUCUCAGUAAGUAUGAAUGAAGCAGCAUGAUUUCAAUGCAUUUUAAGUAAGAUCUGAACAUUUCAUUAAAUUAUUUAGUUAAGUUAUGUUAUAGAUUUAUUAUGUUGAUCUAUUUGUUUUUAUUUUCUCACAUAGUGAUGUGUGCUGAUCUCUUCCGCCAUGUUUCAUGUUCCCUGCCUAAUCCUUCAGAGUAUUUUAGUCAAUGAUGAGAACAUUCCAAUAUGUGUCGUCCUGUCGAUAGAAUUUAAGCAGCACAAAUAACUAUUUAUAAGCCACUGUACAAAUGUUAGAUAUACUAAAGACUAAUAUAACGUACGUUCAGUGCACAGGAUGUAUAGCGUGUUCUUCAGCUCAUGGUUGUCUACUGUUCUUUGUGUCCCAUGUCUUCUACAUUAAGUAGGUAGUGAGAACUCUAUUUUUCAGUAGCUAUACAUUAAAUAGUGACCUAUUCUGCACUUCAGAUUUACAGCAGUUUUUCUUUAUUUACUUGAAUGACAACCUAGAGAUAUUUUUAUUUUACCAUGAAGAAAUUGUAAGCUGAAGAAAUGGUCUGAAGAAAUAAAGAAUAUGUUUUGCUAUGA